CAGCCAGCGAGGGAGCGAGCGAGCGGGCGAGCCGGAGCGAGGAAGGGAGAGCGCAAGAGAGAGCGCACACGCACACACCCGCCGCGCGCACUCGCGCACGGACCCGCACGGGGACAGCUCGGAAGUCAUCAGUUCCAUGGGCGAGAUGCUGCUGCUGGCGAGAUGUCUGCUGCUAGUCCUCGUCUCCUCGCUGCUGGUGUGCUCAGGACUGGCGUGCGGACCGGGCAGGGGGUUCGGGAAGAGGAGGCACCCCAAAAAGCUGACCCCUUUAGCCUACAAGCAGUUUAUCCCCAAUGUGGCCGAGAAGACCCUAGGCGCCAGCGGAAGGUAUGAAGGGAAGAUCUCCAGAAACUCCGAGCGAUUUAAGGAACUCACCCCCAAUUACAACCCCGACAUCAUAUUUAAGGAUGAAGAAAACACCGGAGCGGACAGGCUGAUGACUCAGAGGUGUAAGGACAAGUUGAACGCUUUGGCCAUCUCGGUGAUGAACCAGUGGCCAGGAGUGAAACUGCGGGUGACCGAGGGCUGGGACGAAGAUGGCCACCACUCAGAGGAGUCUCUGCACUAUGAGGGCCGCGCAGUGGACAUCACCACGUCCGACCGCGACCGCAGCAAGUACGGCAUGCUGGCCCGCCUGGCCGUGGAGGCCGGCUUCGACUGGGUGUACUACGAGUCCAAGGCGCACAUCCACUGCUCGGUGAAAGCAGAGAACUCGGUGGCGGCCAAAUCCGGAGGCUGCUUCCCGGGCUCGGCCACGGUGCACCUGGAGCAGGGCGGCACCAAGCUGGUGAAGGACCUGCGCCCCGGGGACCGCGUGCUGGCGGCGGACGACCAGGGCCGGCUGCUCUACAGCGACUUCCUCACUUUCCUGGACCGCGACGACGGCGCCAAGAAGGUCUUCUACGUGAUCGAGACGCGGGAGCCGCGCGAGCGCCUGCUGCUCACCGCCGCGCACCUGCUGUUUGUGGCGCCGCACAACGACUCGGCCGCCGGGGAGCCCGAGGCGUCCUCAGGCUCUGGGCCGCCCUCCGGGGGCGCACUGGGGCCUCGAGCGCUGUUCGCCAGCCGCGUGCGCCCGGGCCAGCGCGUGUACGUGGUGGCCGAGCGCGACGGGGACCGCCGGCUCCUGCCCGCCGCUGUGCACAGCGUGACCCUACGCGAGGAGGCCGCGGGCGCCUACGCGCCGCUCACGGCCCAGGGCACCAUCCUCAUCAACCGGGUGCUGGCCUCGUGCUACGCCGUCAUCGAGGAGCACAGCUGGGCGCACCGGGCCUUCGCGCCCUUCCGCCUGGCGCACGCGCUCCUGGCUGCACUGGCGCCCGCGCGCACGGACCGCGGCGGGGACAGCGGCGGCGGGGACCGCGGGGGCGGCGGCGGCAGAGUACCCCUGCCCGCGCCUGGUGCGGCCGACGCUCCGGGUGCGGGGGCCACCGCGGGCAUCCACUGGUAUUCGCAGCUGCUCUACCAAAUAGGCACCUGGCUCCUGGACAGCGAGGCCCUGCACCCGCUGGGCAUGGCGGUCAAGUCCAGCUGAAGCCGGGGGGCCGGGGGAGGGGCGCGGGAGGGGGC